AUGUCCCCUCUUAGAGGAUAUAUCACUACAUAUCCACCACGCGUUCGGCAGUAUGGAAAUGCGCUCCUCACACCUGUCUACCCAGUGCAAACUGGUCCAACACCACGAACGACGAAGCGCGGCACCACCGCGAUCAAUUACGCUGAAGACGGAUUCGAUGAUGAUGACUUCGAUGAAAGUGAUGGGCCUCGGCGACCAACAGGGUUGAGAAGCCUGCGUCGUGAGGAAUCAUCAGGUGGUAUUAUGUCUAUGCCAGAAAAGUUGGGCAAGGAAGCGCAUGCGCCAGUGGAAGUUCAGGGUGUAUUUCGAGAAUGGAUGAUCAAGAGGAUGCUCAGGCCAGCAUGUGCCGAGCAACUUCAAAUCCAAGCACAGCUUCCUAUGACACUUGUUCCAAUCCGCAUUGAUGUGGAAGUCGGUGGACACCAACCCCUGGAACCAUUCCCCCUCCCUCGCGGUGUCAUGGAUCCUAGUAUCAACCCGACACUUCCUGCAUACCGUAGGCCUGAUCACCUUCCUCCGUUCCGAAUCAAGGAUACUUUCCUUUGGAACCUUCAUGAAGCUCUAGCCACCCCAGAGGAGUUUGCCAUUGGCUUUGUGCGCGAUCUCGAUCUUCCCAAUCCGCAGGCAACGACAAUGACCAUUAGCAAUCAGAUCAGACAGCAGUUGGAGGAGUACGCAGGUGUGGCAUUGCAUCCUUUGUUCCAAAGUUCUCAAAUUCCCCCACCAAGUGUACCUCCACAGACUGAGGCCUCAAGAGAUACAUCCAUGACUCCAGCUGCCACAAAUAUUGCAACCCCCGAUAAUCGGUCCAACGGCGCAACAGUCACUGUGACCAAAGAGGCCCUGGUCAACGACAGUCUUCUCAACCCAGAUGAUGCCUACCGGUGCCUGAUAAAUCUCAAUAUUAAUCUUCAAAACAAGCUCUACACUGAUCGAUUUGAGUGGUCACUACUCCAUUCUCCUGGAAUGGCUGAAGAAUUUGCGAAAAUCACCUGUGCCGAUCUACAUCUCAAUGGUGAAUGGGUAAGUGCCAUUGCGCACGGCAUUUACGAGGCGGUGUUGAAACUGAAGAAGGAGGUUUGCGAAAGCGGUGGCCUCGUUAGCGGGAUCAAUGGUUACGGAAAUGAGAUCGACAACCAAGCCGCAAAUGGCGUUGAAGCUGGCUGGCGAUACGACCCCGAGACUCUGGGUGAUGAGUGGGAGCCCAAGGUGGAAACCCUGUCGAAAGACGAAAUUGAGAGGCGAGAAGGAGAUCGAGAACGGCAAAUCCGGCGUCUGCGGCGAGAAACAGCCCGAUUCUCUUCUACAACAGGUAUCACCCCAGACGCUUCUCGACAGAGCAGUGGGUACUUCGAUAUCGACAGUGAGACACCACUCGGCAGGGGAGAGCGAAAUAAGCGUAAGCGUCGAUUCCGCAGUCUUAGUCCCUUGGGCCGAGGAGGCACUCCUGGUGGCCGGGGCACUCCUGAUACAGGCUCAGGAGCUGGUUAUGGUGGAGGUGGCGGUACACUUUCUGAAUGGGAACGGCAAAGCUGGCGCUGCAGCAAUUGUAUGGUCUGGGGUGCAGCUGUUUGGGCUGUGCGAGACGGGCCAGAUGGUCCUCGGACUCUCUGCCAUAACUGCGGCUUCCUAUACGAGCGAGACAAAAUCGCACCGGAAUGGUCAAAAGAUCUCCACCGUCAUGAUAUUCCCGUUGGCCGCUUUGGCUAG